AUCGUUUUUUUGACAAAAAAAUAUCAAAACAAAAAUACACACGAGGUUUCUUGCAGCGGCAGUAAAUUUUAAAAUUAAAUUUAUUUCUCGCUUAGAAUUAAACUUUAUUAAAAGCCAAUAAGAUGGGAAAGCUGAACGUUACAGUUUUGCGUUAUUUAAGCAAGGAAGAUUUUCGAAUUCUCACAGCGAUCGAGAUGGGAAUGAAGAACCACGAGCUGGUACCGGGAGCUUUGGUGGCCGCCAUCGCAAGUUUGAAAGCGGGGGGAGUUCACAAGUUGCUGCGGGAACUGUGCAAACAUAAGUUGCUCACCUAUGAGCGUGGAAAGCGAUUCGACGGUUACCGUUUGACCAACAUGGGUUACGAUUAUCUGGCGCUGAAAUCCCUCACACUUCGCGGGUCUAUUUCCGGCUUCGGCAAUCAAAUCGGAGUUGGAAAAGAAUCUAACAUCUACACUGUGGGCGAUGAGGAGGGUACCCCACUCUGUCUGAAACUGCAUCGAUUGGGUAGGGUUUGCUUCCGGAAUGUGAAAGAGAAACGUGACUAUCAUGGUAAGCGUCACAGAAUGAGUUGGCUGUACUUGUCUCGCAUUUCCGCUACGCGAGAGUUUGCCUACAUGAAGGCGCUAUACGAUCGAGGAUUCCCGGUUCCCCGGCCUAUCGAUUUCAAUCGACACUGUGUGGUGAUGGAACUGGUCGAUGGUUAUCCGCUUACAAACGUAUGUGAGGUGGGAAACGUUGAGGCUCUGUACGACGAUUUGAUGAAUCUGAUCGUUCGGCUUGGCAACUGUGGCGUCAUUCAUGGGGAUUUUAACGAGUUCAAUGUGAUGAUUACGGAGCAGGAUCAACAGCCGAUUUUGAUUGAUUUUCCGCAGAUGGUUUCCACUUCGCAUCCAAAUGCGGAAAUGUACUUUGAUCGGGAUGUGCAAGGAGUGAGAGAAUUGUUCCGGAAAAAGUUUGGCUAUGAGAGCGAGGAGUAUCCGAAGUUUAGCGAUUUGGAGCGGGAUGAUGAGCUGGAUAAGGAGGUGCUUUGCUCCGGCUAUGGGUUUACCAAGGAGAUGGAGGAUGACGUGUUGAAGGAGUAUCAUCAGAUAAACGAGUCGGAGGACGAGGACGACGAAGCCAGCGAUGAAGAUUAUCAAGAUAGUGUUGCGGAUGGUAUGGACGAAGGGGAGAUUGAAGAAUGCAGAAAGAAGCUUGAGGAGGAAAUCAAGUUUGCCGAAGAAAAGCCAGCAAACAUUCAAACCAAGCAUGCAGAUAAGAACUCUAGUAUUCUUAAAUACAUUGCAUCUAUGUCUCCGGGAGAUAUGGAGAAACCUUUCAAUGAAGAAGAAGAGGACGUUUUCAAGGAUGCUUUGGAAGACAUUUCCGCAGGGGAACCCUUCAAAGAGCCAUCGCAGUCGAAUUCGCUUCAGGGACCGGUUGGAACAAACGCCGAGGAAAAUGAGCGGGACGAUGUAUGUUCAGUUAGUUCGAACGAACUGAUUACCAACGAACUUGAUGAUAAUCUAACCGAUCUGGACCCGAAUUCCCGUGAGUAUCGGAUGAUAAUGGUGCGCAAGUUAUUGGAUGAUGCUCGUAGUGCCAGAUCUUACUCGACUACGGCCAGUACGAUUGCUCCAUCUGUUGUAACGGACCGAAUAAGGAACGGUCUUAGGCUGCAGGAGAAGAAGGAUCAAAAGAAGCGAGCCGUUCCGAAGGGAGAAGCUAGUGCGGUUCGUCGGAUGCGGAAAGAUAACAAUGGCAUUGUUAAGGAGUAUCGGGGGUGGGAGUUUUAGUUAUAUUUUUCAUUAUAUUUCUUUGUAAUAUACUUAACUAGUAA